ACAAGGUUAUGUUAUAAUCUUGUAUAACCAUGGGGCAAUAGUGGACUCAUAUGAGGGUUACAGUGAAAACCUGUGCUGAGAUCAGUGGGCAGAGAAUACAGAAACACGACUCUGAGAAAGCAUAAGAAGGGAUCCACCCUCUAGGGUAGCGACUACCACAGGAUGGGGGAGCAAGGCAGGGGCACCUCUCUGUUAUAAGGCACGCAGCACACACCCCAUCCAAAAAAUUCUGUACAAGGAAGAAUCCUUACAAGAACAACAAAAGAAGCAAGAGCAACAGAAUACUCUAAAAGGUCCUUUCAUGUUUCCAGUGGAACCAAGCCAUGUCAUCUGGCAGUGAAGGGAGCUAACCAGAGAGGUGCUAUUGUGAUGCUGGUGACAUCACCAUUAACACUGGGUACCAGCAGCUACUUCUCUUGGCAAAGUCCCAGAGCUAUACUCCCUGGGAAACAUGUGUCCUCCAGGGAUAUUUUUGGCUGUCUCCCAAUACCAACCUGAUACAAGGAAGGAAUGAAGGCCAAAGGGAGGAUUUUAUUGCUAACUUCCUGCCUUUUUCUGCUGCUGCUGCUGCUGGCUAAGAUCCACUUGAGGAACCACCAGGAAGAGGAACUUCCGCUCUCAGACUGGUUUGACCCCAGGAGACGCUUGGAUGUUAUCACGACCACAGACUGGCUGGCCCCUGUCAUAUGGGAAGGCACCUUUGACAGAAAGGUCCUGGAGAAAUAUUACCAUAAGCAGAACAUCACCAUGGGCUUGACUGUGUUUGCUGUCAGCAGUUUCAAUGGCCAGUACCUGGACCCAUUCUUGCAAUCGGCCAGCAAGUUCUUCAUGCCUGGCUAUCGGGUGAUCUUCUACAUCAUGGUGGAUAAGUCCCUGAAGUUACCUGAAAUGGGGCACAACCCUCUACAGUCCUUCCAAGUACUCGUAGUAAGCCAGGAGAGGCAGUGGAGCGACUUUGACCUCAUGCGCAUGACAGUCUUGUCCAAGCACAUCCGGGAGCACAUCAGGUUUGAAGUGGACUUCCUCUUCGUCAUGAGUGUCAACAUGGUCUUCCAGAAUGUGUUUGGGGUGGAGACUCUGAGCACGUCUGUGGCUCAGCUCCAUGCUUGGUGGUAUUUCCGAAAGACGACGCAUCUCCCCUAUGAGAGGAGACCUACAUCAGCGGCCUACAUCCCCUUUGGCCUGGGGGACUUCUAUUAUGCUGGUGCCAUUAUAGGUGGAGUGCCCUUUCAGGUCUUGGACUUCACUCAUCAAUACUUGAAAAGUGUUAUUUUGGAUAUAGAAAAUGGAGUUAACAGUACCUAUGAAAAGUACCUCAACAAAUAUUUUUUCCUCAACAAACCCACCAAGCUCCUAUCCCCAGAAUAUAGUUGGGACCAAACCUUCAACAUCCCUCAGCAAGUGCAUUAUGUCAAGGUUGCUCAUUACCCCACAGACGACUUAUGAUGCAGCAGUGUUGAUGACCUCAGAGCCAACCACAGGAGUGCCUCAGAGACACAGACUCAUGUUAAACACCCACAUUUCAGAGACCCAAUAAUCUAUAUUAUUUCCAAAAUCAAUUGCUCUUUCUUGUAAUUUCAAAUUGUCCAACUUGACUGAAUCGAGGACGAAUAAAAUGUGGCACUUCAUGUUCAUA